CCCUCCCAAAUUUCCUUUCACUUUCGAUCUCUGGCUGUCACCCGGCUUGGCCUCUUCCACACCCAGCUGGGGCAAGCCUGACCCAGCCGCAGGCAUGAGGGGCCCCCGGCCGAGAUGAUAGUGCUGGCGCCAGCCUGGAGCCCGACUACCUCCUUGCUGUUGCUGCUGCUGCUGCUGCUUCUGAGCCCCGGCCUUCGAGGGACCCAGAACUGCAACUUUGAGCACAGCCCCAUCACCUCCAACUUUGCUGUCACCAUACGCAAGCUGUCUGACUACCUGCUUCAAGAUUACCCUGUCACCGUGGCCUCCAAUCUGCAGGAGGAGGAGCUCUGCGGGGCCCUCUGGCGGCUGGUCCUGGCCCAGCGCUGGAUGGAACAGCUCAAGUCUGUGGCUGGGUCCCAGAUGCAAGUCCUGCUGGAGGCUGUCAACACUGAGAUACACUUUGUCACCACAUGUGCCUUUCAGCCCCUCCCCAGCUGUCUUCGCUUCGUCCAGACCAACAUCUCCCACCUCCUGCAGGACACCUCCAAGCAGCUGAUGACUCUGAAGCCCUGGAUCACCCACCGAAAUUUCUCUCGGUGCCUGGAGCUGCAGUGUCAGCCCGACACCUCCACCCUGCUUCCCCCAAGGAGUCCUGGGGCCCUGGGAGUGACAGCCCUUCCGGCCCCUCAGUCCCCUCUGUUGCUCCUCUUGCUGCUGCCCGUGGCCCUCCUGCUGCUGGCCGCUGCCUGGUGCCUGCACUGGCGAAGGACGAGGUGGAGGACGCCCUGCCCUGGGGAGCGGGUGCCCCCUACCUCCAGUCCCUAGGACAUGCUGCUUGCAGAGUGCUGACCUGGCCGGGGCCUCGUCUUGAGGAGGACACUGAGGCCCAGAGAGGGGAGUCACCUGCCAGAGGACACACAGCUGGGACACGGAGGAAGUGGGCUAGAGGCUGGGC